UCUAUUAGAACCUAUUCAAUAUUAAAAUAAUUUGGAAUUUCUUGUCAACACCCAUCUUAAGUGAACUGCACGAAAUAAAAAUAUAAUGCAGUCACCGUAAAGAUGCGGAAGUAAACAAAAAACAUUGUUUAUUUAUAAUGUUAAAUUCAGUAAAUAUAAAAAUGUGUCAUCAGAAGUUUGUUUACGCACUCGCCUUAUUAAUAUCAUACUUAUCAAUUUGUGAAGCAGAGUUAUACUGCUAUGUCUGUAACACGGCAACAGGACUAUACUCAGAUAAGUGUGGGGAUGACUUCAGAUUAACAUCUGUCAAUGCUGUGUCAUGUCGGGAUGGUACUUGUCAAAAAACAAGAGGAUUAAGAACUGAAGGUUCUAAGAGAGUAGUUGAGGUGACGAGAGGGUGUGUACCAUACACACAGUCUACCAGCUGUAGAGAAGGCAGCCAUUUUGGAAUAUCAGCAACAAUAUGCACUUGUAACGAGCCAUACUGCAACAGUGCUGAUGGUCGGAUUCCGUCUAAAUUCUUUUCCUACUCUGCAGGACUUAUACUUACACUAAUUAUGUAUUAUAUCUUGUGAUGAUGGCAGGAAUAAAGCAUAAUGUUGGUUGUGAUCACAUGAUUUAUGCUGCAUAAUAUAUCAGGGAAAA